AUUCUGGGUUGUUUGAGGUACUGUAAACACACAGUUUGGUUGUUCAUGCUGGGUCAAAUGGACUGCAAGGGGUUCUUUCACCACUGAACACCUGGGUUGGGUUAUUUUGACCCUACCGUUUUGUUUAUUUUUCCUCUUAAUCGAAUUUUCUGGAUUCUUCACUGGUCUCGUCGUCAAACGGUCAAGCAACUCGCAGCAAGCAGGAUUAUAAGAAUCUGUUUUGCCUCCCAGAAAAUUUUGAGAAAUGGUGGAUUCGCAGCAAUGGGUCUACAAGCAUCCCAGAAAUAUUGAAGGAGUUCCCCAGGCUUCUAGGAAAACUUGGCAUGAACCCAUAUGGGCUCCAGCUUAAGAUGUAUAGCAAAGUGGAGGAGAAGGCAUCUGCAAGCCCCAAAAACUCUCCUUGUUUUAUUCCUGAUCAUCACCAUAAUCUACAGCUGGUUGCCGGUGGAUGAUAAACAACAACAUCUAAAUGGCAGCAGUGCGUCACUCCCAAACAAUAUUACCAUCCUGUUGUGGCACUGGCCGUACGGUAUCCGGUACAGCCUUGAGGUGGACUUGUGUCUGAGGGACUACGGCAUCUCUGGAUGUGUGCUAGUGGACAAUCGCACUCUCUAUGAGAGCGCCGAUCUAGUGGUUUUUCAUCACUCUGAGCUAAGGCUGCAUAAACAGCACCUUCCAGUGAAUCUCCAUCGGCCCGCCAAACAGUGGUGGGUAUGGCUUUCUUUGGAAGCACCACGAAACAAUGGUGACUUGUCACCAUACAACAACCUUUUCAACCUCACCAUGUCAUAUCACCCUCAAGCUGACAUCACUGUGCCCUACGGGAAACUGUUACAGAGGAGGAAACCAGAUUUAGCCUUUGUUAUACCAAAAACCAAGAGUUAUGAAGCCUGUUGGGUGGUUAGCAACUACAAAGUACAGCACAAAAGGAGCGCUGUGUUCCAAGAGCUAAAGAAGAACCUCAAAGUGCAACUGUAUGGCCUUGCUGCCCAAAAACCUCUGCCGAAGGAGGCGCUGCUUCCAACGAUUUCACGCUGUUAUUUCUACCUGGCCUUUGAAAACACAGAGUCUCCACACUAUAUCACUGAGAAGCUCUGGAGAAAUGCUUUCCAGGCUGGGACCGUGCCUGUGGUGCUGGGACCGCCACGCAGAGACUAUGAAGCCGUGGCGCCUCCGAAUUCCUUCAUCCAUGUGGAUGAUUUUAAAUCUAUUAAGGCCUUGGCUGAGUAUUUGAGAGGCCUAACUAAAGACCUGGAGAAGUAUAAUGCAUAUUUUACCUGGAGACAAGACUAUACGGUCAAAUUAUAUACAGACUGGAGAGAGAGACUGUGCAAUAUCUGUCCCAUCUACGGACAAUUUCCAACUCAUAAGGUUUAUGAGAAUUUGAGAGUGUGAACAAAAUGGUAACUUAGCAGGCAGUUGAGAUUUUAACCGUCCAUUUACACAGAGCAUUUUUUUGCGUUAAAAACCCCUCAAGACUCAGGGCAGACACACAGUCUUCAAACUUAUAUUCUAAAACGCUCUCUCAUUCGCUGGAUGCUGCAAAAGAUGCAAGACAUGAGUGUAGCAUUCAAAGACAUUUGUCUAGUGCGCGUUUACACAGAAAAAACUAUUGAAAAGUAGCACAAUAGAUUGAAAAAAAAAUUAAAAAUUCCAAGAUGCAGGGUAGUGGAAUGAAAAAAAAAUACAAGGUCCUAUAGAUGCGUUUUGUUUUUGUUUUUUUGAAUUGAGCUUAUAUUAACUUGACAGUUGCGUUUUUGGAACACUGUGCUGUGCCUGAAACGCUGCAAAAGAUGCGAGAUACAUGCACAAAGGUGAAAGAUGUACAUGUAGUACACGUUUACAUAGAACUACAACUGAAAAACAGCAUAAUGGAAAGCAAAAAAAUGCACAAAAAAACAAAACAAGCAAUAGGGUAGUGGGAUGAAAAAUGUUUUGAAAGCUGCGUUUUUCAGUUGUUAUCUCGUGCAAAAUGCGAAUGCAUAUACAGCCGUAUAGCAUGCUUAACGUGGAAAAACAGUGCAGUGGAAAGCAAAAACCUGAGUCACAAGAUGUGGACUGUGAAAUGGAAAAAACCGAAAGGUCAAAAGACCAUUUUUAGAAAGCAGUGUAAUAGAAUGCAAAAACGUAUUCUAGGGGAGUAGCUCCUAAGGGGCCAUUCACAGAUAAUGAUUUUAAGUUUAAAAAUAGGAAAAUGCUGAACAGUGAAAAAAGUAUAUGCUGAUAAAAUAUAUGCUUUUUUAAAAGUUAAACUUUUUAACUUAUGGUACAUUUUUAAUCAUGUGUGAAAUGCUGAAUAAAAAAACAAGCGCAACAGGCAAAUGCACCCAUCUAGUGCAUGUUUCCACAAGAAAGCAAUGCAGUGGAAUGCAAAAACAUGUUCUGUGUGAAUUGUCCAUAAGCACUUUACAAGUGACAUGAUGCAGUAUUUAUUGGAAUUCAUACCGACAGCAUCAGCAGCACCGUUUAUGUAUGAAUACAGCACUGAGCGUUUGCGACUUAUACACGGCUGGGGACAUGGUGCCAAACAGAAACCACAAUGUGCAAACCUUGCUUCCUCUCCUGUCAACAUGCUUAUAUAUAUAUCCUGUGUAAACCAGCUAAUUUUUUGAAUGCUUCUUUAAAAACUGGUGGGUCAUAGAUGCGUGCUUGGGUGGGGAAAUAAGUUUAGAUUGAAUUGAUUUACAAUAAAACAUGCUGAUCAGAGUUUUAAACCAAGAACUUCAUCUGCAAAAAAACAACAAAAAAACAAAACAAGAAGUGACUGUCAAUGGAAAUGUUUUAAUUGCUACCCAAUGAUAUUGUAUGUGUUGAGCAGAGUUUCAAUAAAUUAUCAAAUAUGGCUUUCA